AUGAAGUAUCAACGUGUUCUCUUUUUAAUUGUGAUGAUUAUGGUACUUUUGAUGGUACUUUUUGUGAAGGAUACCCAGGCCAUAAUAACCACAACGGUGUCACAGAAUCUUUUAUGGAUUGAAUGGAUUUCCUUUUCCGCCAGUGUUUCCCUAAUUGGAAUACUUGUUAUCUACUAUUCCAAUAUUGUUCCACAAGGAGUUCAAAGGAUAUUUAAAUAUGGAAAAGCUGCUGAACUCCAUGUGCAAGGAAUCAAAAAGUGCAAUAAAAUUGAACUUCCAAAAAGGUGGUUUUACCACUUUUACCUGUUUGCAACAACAUUUUACUUACUACUAGCUUUCUCCGUUCUUCAAGUGUACCUAUUAAAGAUGACAUUACCCAAAUAUGUUCAAAUACUAUUAAAUUCAAUCGUUGGGGUACAUAGAAAGUCAAAUGUAACCCCAGAAUCAGUGAUGAUUUCAAUGGCCUUAAUUAUUGUCCAAGUGAGUCGCCGGUUAUGUGAAUGUAUAUUUUUAAGUGUCUACUCGGAUUCCAAGAUGAACAUAGUCCAUUACAUUUUUGGUUUCUCUUUUUAUUUCGGUGUUGGUCUAUCAGUAUUAACCGAAGCUCCAGGAUUUGCUAGUUUAGGUCCUGCUUAUGUUCACAUGAGUGGUAAUUUCAUCACUUGGAAUCAUAUUGUUGGUAUUUGCUUAUUUGCUUGGGCUUCAUCUUUACAAUACCAAAGUCAUUCAAUCUUAGCUGAAUUAAGAAAAGAUAACAAAGGUCAUGUUGUCAGUUAUUCACAUUCUAUACCGAAAGGUGGAUGGUUCGAUUACAUCUCAUGUCCACAUUAUUUUGCUGAAAUUUUAAUCUACUUUUCAAUUUGUAUUGUUUUCGCUGGACGAUCAACAACAUGGUGGAUGGUCUGUGGUUUCGUCCUUACCAAUCAGAUAAUCGUGGGUCUCUUUAAUCACCAUUGGUAUUUAAAGACAUUCAAAGAUUAUCCUAAAGAUAGAAAAGCGGUCAUACCUUUUAUUGUUUGAACAGAAACAAAAUCGACGAAAAAAAAACCGAAAAAAAAUAUCGUUAAUCUUAUCGUUAACACCAAAGGAAGUUUAAUAAUUUGAUUAAUUAUUUUCAUCGAAUUUUUUUUCUCAUCUUAAUUUUCAUCAUCUUCUAAAUUACAAGUCACAAUCUCUCUUAAUUAUUUUAAAUUGGAUAUCAAAUUGAAUAUAAUAUAAAUCAUUUUCAAUAUCUUAAUCAUCUUGCUGAAUAAAUGGUCAUUAACGAUAACAUCAAUAUCGAGUGUUAAUUAAUUGUUUUCAAAAAAUAGACUUGUGGCCAAUCAUUAUAACCGAGGAACAAUUUAAUUUAGAUAUUAAAAAGAAUAGCGAAAAUCCAAUCAAUCUUAAUGACGAACCAGAAGCUUAAUUAUUCAUCAUGAAACUUUUAAUCAUUUUUCUCUCUCCAACAAUCUAUUUAAUUACAUCACCAUUCUGAGAACAAAUUAAUUCAAACUACACUCACAAUUCAAUCAAAUACAUUCACGGAGUUUCAUGGAAUCACAAUUUGUUUUUAAUUACGAUUUUUACAUUAAUUCGAACCCCGAUUUUGGCCUAAUUUUUUUUUCUCUCUCUCUCUCUCUCUCUCGAUUUUUUUUACUCUCCUUCUCACUUUUGUACACGAAAUUCAAUCCCUCUCAAUUAACUCCUAUCACCAUCAUCAUCACUCUCAUCAUUUAAUCAUCUUGUUAAAUCAUCAAAAGAAAAACAAAUCAAUUGUUGUUAAAUCAAAUCUUAAA